AUGUCUGAACUGAUGAACACUAUGCUUGCUUCCCAGGAAGAAUUGAAAACAAAAAUCGAAAAUUUAGCUACGGCUCACGAUAAGCUAGAAUCUACGGUUAAUGCCCGAAUGGACGAUGUUAUGGUAGCAAUAAAAGAACAGAAAGUAGAGAUCAAGGCACUGCAGACUGAAGUUACAGCGUUGAAAGUUAAUCUUCAACUACAUCAAAGGCGUCUGGAUGAUUUAGAAGAUAGAAGCAGACGCCGCAAUAUUGUUAUUUUUGGUUUUCCUGAACCGGGUCGUGAAAAUGCUACAGAAUUAAGAAAGAAGAUAAUCGAGGAACUGAUAGGGGAUAAACUCGGAGUGGUUGUUAACUCUGUGGAAAGAGUACAUAGGGUUGAAAAACGCCACGAUAAAGUGCGACCGGUAAUAAUGAAUUUUUUUGACUACAACGAGAAGCUUAAAGUGUUAAAAAACUGUCACAAACUGAAAGGAACAAAAAUCUCGGUAAACCAUGACUUCUGCAAGGCCACUAUAGCAAAGCGCAGCAAACUCUGGUCUCAUUCCAAUGAUUUCAGGGCGCAAGGUCGCAAAGUAUCGCUCGAUUACGAUAAGCUGAGAGUGGACGAUGAUAUAUACGAAUGGGAUGAGCAGAAGGAUUGCCUGAAAUGUAUCCGCCCGCAACGUAACCGCGACAAAUGACCCGAUCACAAACAAUUGCGAGUUGUUCUCCUUAAUUCUAGGAGCAUUGUCAAUAAAGUUCACGAGCUUGAAGAAAUCAUAUUUACCUAUGAUCCCCAAAUCAUAGCAAUUACAGAGACCUGGCUAACUCCGGACAUUCAAGAUUCUGAAAUAGUUCCUCCAACUCAUAAAAUGGUUAGACGUGAUCGAGGCUGCAGAGGAGGAGGCGUUGCUUUGGUGGUCAAACAGGAAAUCGCUUGCAUAACUA